UUGUGUUGUUACUGCAAAUCCGGUCUAGUCCGGUCCAAUCGCCGGUUCAAGAAAAGCAGGAGUUCGACAUGACAUGAACAUGGAAGCUUCAUCCUCCUUCCUAUUUGUUUCCGAUUCCUCAUUGAUCUCCAAACCCUAAAUCGAUGGAGACGACUCACUUCAAUCACAGUACUCUCUUCGACCGCCGCCCCUUCCUCAAAUCCAAAGCCCCCGCCGUGAGAUGGGUCAAAGAAUGGGUUCCUCAAGAUGUUCUUGCGACCGGGGGGAAAUGCAUGCUCUUAAGAUGGGUAGCAGAGGAUACCUUAAAGGCCUCGAAAGAAAAGGAAAAUGAACCUUCGGGACCUGAGCCAGAACCUGAGCCAACUACUGAAGUACUCUUUCUUUGCAGCUAUGAAGGCUGUGGAAAGACAUUCAUAGAUGCUGGUGCUUUGAGGAAGCAUUCUCACAUCCAUGGAGAGAGGCAAUUCAUUUGCCAUUACGAGGGAUGUGGAAAGAAAUUUCUAGACAGCUCAAAGUUAAAAAGACAUUUCCUUAUUCAUACUGGGGAGAGGGAUUUUGUAUGUCCCCAUGAAGGCUGUGGUAAGGCCUUCUCCUUGGAUUUCAACCUGAGGUCUCACAUGAAGACACAUUCACAAGAGAACUAUCAUAUAUGCCCAUACCCAGAUUGUGGAAAGAGAUAUGCUCAUGAAUACAAGCUAAAGAAUCAUGUUGCUUCUCAUCAUGAAAAGAAUCCCUCACUGGAGUUGCCAAAGUAUACUACUCCUCCUUCGGAGAAGCAAACAAAAACAACUAAACCAUCUGGGGGAGCUUACACUUCAGCAUCAUCUGAUCGCCCAUAUGCAUGUCCUUAUGAAGGGUGUGAAAAAGCUUAUAUUCAUGAAUACAAGCUUAAGCUCCAUUUGAAGAGGGAGCAUCCUGGCCACAUGUCUGAGGAAAAUGCUGUGCAUGCUCUGGCUAAUGCUGACAAUGAAAUGGAUGAAGCAAGUGACCAAGAUGCCUAUGGUGGUGUGAAACGGUCAAAUGGUAAAAGUCAGAAGCAAAGUAAGCCCAAGCCAAACUUGAAGCUUCCACCUUCCAAGAUGGCACGAAAAGGGUCAGCUCCAACUCCAAGUGCCCCUUUAAAUGUGAUUAAAAAACCUUGGCCAGUGAAACAAGAAACUUAUGAUGAAGACAGCGAAGAAACUGAGGAGGAUCGUGAUAAUGUUGAAGAUGGUUGGAGAUAUGCUGGAAACAACGAAGAUGACGAUGAGGAAACAGAAGAUGAAGACUGAUUUUCAGUUAUAGCAGCUCCAGUGAAUUCAAUCUCUCUCUCUCUCUCUCUCUCCUUCCUACAAGUUUUCUUUUUUCUUUUGUUUCUAGAAAUGUCAUUUUCUCUUCAUACACAUUAUAUAGUUACUAUAUUGGUUAUCUGAAACAUGAAUGAUAUGGUAGGACGAAUUUAGAUGAGCUCA